UUUUCUUUUGAGCAAAUGGCAUCCUUCAGUAGUGAAGAUGCAUUUCAAGAUUCAGCUGCCCUCUCCCUAAACGAUUUAGAAAGCCUGCACAACUUCCGCAGCCGGUCUGCAAGUUUCAGCAGCACAGGGUCCAGUGGCCGCUUGCAGCUCCGUCAGCGGGUGGCCCAGCUUAUGGCUUGUGUAGAGGACAUCAGUUCGGAUGAUGAAAUUCAUGAAGAAGUGUCUCGCACUCUAGAUGAAGCUUUCCUUAUCUGGGGGAAAAAGCUGAAGGAUAAGUGGCAAGAAUUCAGGCUACACUUAGUUACCUGGAAUGUGGGCACAGCUUCUCCACCUCCUGAUGUCACUAGUUUGCUUCAGCUCAAUUCACUGGGCCCAACUAUGGAUAUGUAUGUUAUAGGUUUACAGGAGGUGAACUCAAGAAUCACAAAUUUUCUGUGUGACAUGGCAUUUGAUGAUCCAUGGAGCAUUUUUUUCAUGACUGUGUUGUCUCCAUUGGGAUACAUCAAGCUCUCCUCCAUUCGCAUGCAGGGAUUACUACUGCUGAUCUUUGUGAAGCAUGUCCACCUUCCUUUCAUACGGGAUAUUCAUACCCACUACACACGCACAGGCCUGUAUGGAUACUGGGGGAACAAAGGAGGAGUCACCGUUCGCAUGUCCCUCUAUGGUCAUACAAUUUGUUUCAUGAACUGCCACUUGCCAGCUCACAUGGAGAACACAGAGCAGCGACUGGAUGACUUUGAGAAAAUUCUGGAAAUGCAGUUUGAAGGAGAGAAUAUUCCAAGUACCUUGGAUCAUGAUGUUCUCUUCUGGUUUGGAGAUCUAAAUUUCCGGAUAGCAGAUUAUGGCAUACAUUUUGUCCGAGAAUCAAUAAAUAACAAGCGUUACAAUCUGCUGUGGGAAAAGGACCAGUUAAAUAUGGCAAAAAAGAAGGAAGCGUUUCUUCAGGAAUUCAUAGAGGGUCCUCUGCAGUUUAAACCCACCUACAAGUUUGACCUUUAUUCGGAUGUAUAUGAUACAAGUGAGAAGAAAAGAAAGCCAGCGUGGACCGAUAGAAUUCUCUGGAGAGUAAAAAAUCUCUGCCAGCAUGCAUCAAAAGAAGGCGAAUUCUCUGAAGAGGAACAGACAAUUUCUGUUACUUUGAGUAACUAUAUCAGUCACAUGAGCUAUGGCAUCAGCGAUCACAAACCUGUUACAGGAACUUUUGUGCUUGAGUUGAAGCCUCUUCUAUCAGACCCUUUGGUCACGCUGAAUCCUGAGGGUGAGUGGAGUGCAGAACAUGAUGUUCUAAUCAGCUAUUCUGCAGUGCCUGAAUUCCCAAGCAGUGCUUGGGACUGGAUUGGACUCUUCAAGGUGGCUUUCAGGCACAUGAAUGACUAUGUUACUUAUGCUUGGGUAGAAGACGAUGAAAUUUCUUCUAACAAAGACAGUAAACAAGUUUACAUGAGUGCUGCAGAAAUACCUGAUGUGGGAGGAGAAUUUUUGCUUUGUUAUUAUAGCAAUAAUUUGCAGUCAAUAGUUGGUAUCAGCCAGCCUUUUCAGAUUCAGCCUAACAGAACAUCAAUCAAAAAGGAUCUGACACAGGACGAGAACAGUUGGAUGCAGACACCUGACAAUCUGGAAUCACAUAAUGAGUUCUGAAGGCAGAAAGAGCAUGUAGUGGUCCUGAUUCAGGAGUCAGAUGAUUCUUUGUGUCUUAGUGAUUAUAAGCUUUUACUCUUAGAAGUGCAAGUAAGACAGGUAGGAUUGUUCAGAACCUUUGUAAGCUCAUAGAAGAUAAUUUAUUGUGGAAACAGAUAUUUUUAUUGUUAUGGGGAGAGUAACUCUCUUGCACUGGAUGAGAACCGUAAAAAUAGCACCUAUUGAAUGCUGUAUGUUUUAAGAUGGUAGACAUUUCUAAUACAAUGAUUUAACCUAAGGAAGUUGCGAUCUGCAACAGAUUUUUAGGCUUGCUCCUUUUUCAUAGAGGAUAUUUUAUUUACAAUACAAUAUUUACUAUGCUGUAGCCACUUAAUCACUGAUUUCCAAAUUUUGAGUUUAAAUGAAGUUAUUUUAAAAAUUAUUUAUUAGAUACAGCUAGUUAGCUGUUUUUAAAAUUUUAAUUGCCUUUCAAAUGUAAGCUAAUUACCUUUUGGGAAACACAUGUGGCAACAAGUCACAUGAAAACAAAAUCUUUGGAGUGUAUAAAUUCUCCUUUGGUAGUGGAUCCCUUUUCUUCUGCUGUAUUGAUAACUGUGGGAUUUUCUGUUUCUAAUUUUUCCAGAUUGAGAGACAUUUAUCAAAACACACUUUUCCUGACUUUUAGAAAUUCUUCUUUUAUAAAACAAUUUAGCAAUUUUCCUAUUGGGUUUCUCCCUCUGAUUUAAAAAAGCAAAAUAAAACCACUUUGACACUAGUCUGUGGCUCGGAGUUAACCAGGAUCCCACAAUUUCUGAAAGAACUUGCUUAAGCUGAGAAAUGCUUUAGCAUAAGUGAGCAGACCAUAGUUGAUGAAGCACUUGUUGGCAAUGAUCAUGGUACUAGCCCCGAUUAUUUUCUGUCAUCAUAUUGGAUUUAGAAAGCUAAAGCCCUGUUCAAGUACUUCUGAUACCAUCCUGCCACAUAAUUGCUGCACUUACUACACAGAUGAUGGGAAUUAUAAAUGGGGAAUUUCAGUGGAACAAGUUUUUCCUAUGGCAUAAUCCAUGCUACCAAAAUUGUAAAUCUUUUCAAUUUAUAGCAGUCGGUCUGCAAAAUUUCUCUGUCUCUGGAGGUGCUUAGGCCUUAAUGUAUCCUGUGCACUUGAGGGUGGAGAUGAAAUAAGAAACAUCAUGUACCUUUAAAAACCUGAAAGGUAGUUAGCUUCAGAAAUGGUUUUGCUUCUUGAUGAGCAAAUGGAGAUGUUCAGAAAGGAUUGGAAGAGGCACCAACAUUCCACAAAAUCUCAGACUGCAGUGCCGGAAAAGAGCACUUGUGAGUCUCCCAUGUUCUAGAUACACAGCUUUGAGCUACCUACUGUGUAUGGUAAGUGAAGUUAGUUACUAAUCGCUGUCAUCUUGGUUAUGGACGGAAAAGAGAAAAUUUGAUUCAAGUAGAAGAGCAAAGCAAUGGAAGUUAGUGUGUUUAUGCUGGAAUAUCACUUCAGAACUGAAUGGAUGCCUUUUUGCUCUUUUUCUCAAAGCCUUAGUUUUUUCAGGAUUCUUUUGUGAUAGCGAGUUAACACCUUGAUAGGAC